AUGUCUAAUGAUAAUAAAUACAAAUAUCGAAUAGAGAUCCAACAAAUGAUGUUUGUAUCAGGUGAAACAAAUGAUCCACCAAUUGAAACAACGAGUCUAAUAGAAGAUAUAGUUAGGGGACAAGUUAUUGAAAUAUUAAUUCAAACAACCAAAACUGCAAAUAGUAGAGGAUCUAAAAGUAUAGCACCAGAAGAUGUGAUAUUUUUAAUACGACAUGACAAAGCAAAAGUGAACAGAUUAAGAACUUAUUUGUCUUGGAAAGAUGUUCGUAAAAAUGCAAAAGAUCAAGAAGGUGGAGGUACAGAAUCUUUAUUAGAAGGUAAUGCAGAUGGUUCAACUAAUGCAGAUGGUAAAAAUCUAAAUACAAAUGAUUCAUCAAAAAUGUUAUCACGAUAUAAGAAAUCUAAAAUAAGAUUACCUUGGGAAUUACAAUUCAUGUUUAGUGAACAACAUUUGGAAACAAAUGAAGAAAGUGAACAAGUUGAUGAAGAAGAAAAAGCUGCAACUAUAGCAUCGCUCAAAAGGUUGAAAAUGGCAGAUGAUAGAACAAGAAAUAUGACUAGAGAAGAAUAUGUCCAUUGGUCAGAAUGUAGACAAGCAUCAUUCACAUUCAGAAAAGCUAAAAGAUUUAGAGAAUGGGCAUCUAUGACUCAAUUAUGUGACUCAAGACCAAAUGAUGACGUUAUUGAUAUUUUGGGAUUUUUAACAUUCGAAAUAGUAUGUUCAUUAACAGAAGAAGCAAUGAACAUUAAAAAUUCAGAAGAUAAAUUAAAUCAAAUUCAAAAGGAAAAAAAUUUGAAAAAUCUUAAUGAGCUACAACAACAAAAACAAUUAAAAAAGAGAAAAUACUUAUUUGAUAAACCAGAUGAGUUAGCAAGUCCCUUAUUACCUUAUCAUAUCGAAGAAGCUUGGAGAAGAUUACAAAAAACAGAUUUUAAACAUAAAGCUGCUAGAUCUUUUGGUGGUGGUAUGGUUAAAACUAGAACUAGAUUAAUUUAA